GGCGAAUGCGGGGGGAGCACCUAAGCCAGUGGGCCAGAUCCAGCUGAGGUGAGAAGUAAAACACGGAGCGGUUUGGGAUCGCAACUCCGUGUGGAGAGUGCUUUGGAUUUUUGUUAAGUUCCCUAUGUCUUCCCCUGAAAUUGCUUCCCUUUCAUGGGGGCAAAUGAAAGUUCAAGGCUCUACUAAAACCUAUAAGGACUGCAAAGUGUGGCCAGGGGGAAGUCGGGCUUGGGAUUGGAGAGAAACUGGAACUGAGCAUUCUCCUGGUGUGCAGCCUGCAGAUGUGGAGGAAGUUGUCAAGAAGGGUGUGCAGACCCUUGUGAUUGGCCGAGGGAUGAGUGAGGCCUUGAAGGUGCCCCCAUCAACUCUGGAGUACCUCGAGAAACAAGGCAUUGAUGUGCGGGUCCUCCAGACAGAGCAGGCAGUGAAGGAGUAUAAUGCCUUGGCUGCCCAAGAUUUCUGGCUUUCCUGGAAGAACUGGAAGAUCGACUACCACAAGGCCCACACUUACAAACAACUCGGUGGGGCUGAGAAGCGACUGCCUUCUAACAGAGAACAUCCUCUUGGAUUCUUUAGUCCCUGUCAUUUUCCUGUAAGCCUCCUGAUUUCUUUUUUCCAGCCUCCUUUUUGAGGGGUUUGUAUUUGUGAAUUUGUGAUAAAUAGUAUGCUUGAAGAAGGUCUAUGUGGGGGAAAGAAGCAAUGCACCAAGCCCACAUCAGACACAACAGGUCUGAGAGCACAGGUGGCAAAUGCAAGGCCUGUGGGCCGAAUCCAGCCUGGCACCUUGUUUCUACCUGGUGGCAGCGCCAAGCUCUCACUUAACUAUUAAAGAGUAGUUACAUUUAUACAGUCCUAAAGUUAUAUUUGGCCCUUUGAAGGCAACCAUGAGGCUGAUGUGGCCCCUGGUAAAAAUGAGUUUGACACCCCUGCUAGAAUGAGGCUCGGUCCUGGAAAGUGAGAGGGAACCACAAAGGACAACCUGAAGAUAACAUUCCAGGGUCCACAGGUCCGAAGGUCUGAGAGAGCACGGCGAGCGCAGGAAACAGCUGCAGGUACUUCCCCACAGCUGGGGAAGUACAGAGGUGUCUGGGGCCAGGAGUAUGCAGCUAGAGACCACACAAGGGCAUGGAGAUCCUUUAGGAAUAACUCAGACUUUAUCCUGGGACCAGAAGUGAUCCACUUAAAGUGCUUUGAGCAGAGGAGUGGUGUGAGACCUGGGUUUUGGGAAGCUCACUCUGACACCUGCAUGAAGAAUGGACUGGCGGGGCAAAAUCCGAGACAAGCUCAUCAGGAAGCCAGUGCCGUGCCUGAGAGGUGCUGGUGGCUGCGUCGGGACAGUAACAAUAAAUAUAAUGAGGAGGGGACUGAGUCAGGAAACACUUCAGGCAGCAGAAUCUGAAGGACUUGACAGCUGUUUUUCUAUGAGGGGUGAGGCCAGCAGCAGAGACGCAGUGACACAUAG